GAGAGAGAGAGAGAGAGAGAGAGAGAGAGAGAGAGAGAGAGAGAGAGAGAAGACAUCGACUCUACGCAGCUGCUGUUGGAAGCGUAGAAGAGGAAAAAAGAGCCGCCGCACCUCCGUCCAGCAUGAGCGGGAGAAUGUGCAGGCCCCAGAUCCCCAGGCUGGACUGAUGGAGCUGCCCAGAUCUGAGUACUGCGGAGCGGGGCGCCGGGCCGUGCCAGACCCUGCCGAAGAGCCGCGGACAGGCAAGAUGUAACAAGCGUUUUCUUCUCAAACAAACUUGGACCCGAGGAAAGGAAAAGCGACAAGAGGCAGAAGAAUCGGUCUUUACGCACACACAUAUAACAAACGAUCGAAGCAAGUAAAGAAAGAAGAAAAGAAUGACAUGGAAAACUAUUCGUUUUAAAUUAAACAUUCAAUAAGGUUGUGUUUUCCGAGUCUCUGAAUAAGUAAAACAAAAAAAAGUGAAAGCUACAUCCGCUUCUGGAAUCUGGAAUUGCCCUCACACACUUGGAAAAGGGGAGGGUCAUGACCCAGUUGCCAUGCGCUUUGCCACGGUGACCGGCCUCCCCAGCCCCUCCCCCCUUCUCCUCCUAUUGGCCCAGCUGCUGUUGCAGCUCCUCCCCCCUGGGCCUGGAUUGGCAGGGGCAGCCUCAUCCUGUCCCGCCCUCUGCAGCUGCUCCAAUCAGGCCAGCCGAGUGAUCUGUACGAGGCGGAACUUGGAGGAGGUGCCAGAAAGUAUAUCCGUCAACACACGUUACCUCAACCUUCAGGAAAAUUCAAUACAGGUGAUCAAGUCCGACACCUUCAAGCACCUGAGGCACCUGGAGAUCCUGCAGCUCUCCAAGAACCACAUCCGGCAGAUCGAGGUGGGAGCGUUCAAUGGCCUUCCCAACCUCAACACCCUGGAGCUGUUCGACAACCGGCUCACCCUGGUCCCGUCUCAGGCCUUCGAGUACCUCAGCAAGCUAAGGGAACUGUGGUUGCGCAACAACCCCAUCGAGACGCUCCCGGGGUACGCCUUCCACCGAGUGCCCUCUCUGCGGCGCCUCGACCUGGGCGAGCUCAAGAAGCUGGACUACAUCUCGGACGCGGCCUUCGUGGGGCUCAUCAACCUGCGCUACCUCAACCUGGGCAUGUGCGGGCUGAGGGACAUCCCCAACCUGACGGCCCUGGUGAGGCUGGAGGAGCUGGAGCUGUCGGGGAACCAGCUGAAGAUCAUCCGGCCCGGGUCCUUCCAGGGCCUGGUGUCCCUGCGCAAGCUCUGGCUCAUGCACUCGCAGGUGUCGGUCAUCGAGCGCAACGCCUUCGACGACCUCAAGAACCUGGAGGAGCUCAACCUGUCCCACAACUCCCUGCACUCGCUCCCCCAUGACCUCUUCACCCCGCUGCACCAGCUGGAGAGGGUGCACCUCAACCACAACCACUGGGUGUGCAACUGCGACGUGCUGUGGCUCAGCUGGUGGCUGAAGGAGACGGUGCCCAGCAACACCACCUGUUGCGCCCGCUGCCACGCCCCUCCGGUCCUGAAGGGGCGCUACAUCGGCGAGCUGGACCAGAGCCACUUCACCUGCUACGCCCCGGUCAUCGUGGAGCCGCCGACCGACCUGAACGUGACCGAGGGCAUGGCGGCCGAGCUGAAGUGCAGGACGGGCACCUCCAUGACCUCGGUCAACUGGAUCACGCCCAACGGCACGCUCAUGACGCACGGGUCGUACCGCGUGCGCAUCUCCGUGCUCCACGACGGCACCCUCAACUUCACCAACGUCACGCUCCGGGACACGGGCCAGUACACCUGCAUGGUGACCAACUCCGCCGGCAACACCACGGCGACGGCCGUGCUCAACGUCUCGGCGGCCGACGUCAGCGUCAACUACACCUACUUCACCACCGUCACCGUAGAGACGGUGGAGAGUGCCGAGGGCAACCCCCCGCGCCCGGAGAACCAGACCUACGUCCACAUCCUGGGCCCCACGCCUCCCGGGGACAUCUGGGGCGUGGGGACGACUCUGGCCACCACCUCGUCCUCCGUCUCGGCCUCCUGGCUGUCCCCUCGAGCGACCAAACCGCCCGACAAGGCCUUCACCGUGCCUAUAACGGAUGUCGCCAACAUCUCAGGCCUGGACGACGUGAUGAAGACCACCAAGAUCAUCAUCGGCUGCUUUGUGGCCAUCACGUUCAUGGCGGCCGUCAUGCUGGUGGUCUUCUACAAGCUACGCAAGCAGCACCAGCUACACAAGCACCACGGCCCCGCCCGCGCCAUCGAGAUCAUCAACGUGGAGGACGAGAUCGGGGCCGGGGCCGGCGCGGGCGGCUGCACCGGGCGCGGGAGCGGGAUUUCCGGGGGUUCCACCAUCCACUCCGGAGGCGGGGGAGUAGGCGGCCAGAGUUUGAGGCUGCACCACCCGGAGAUCGUUAACCUUCCCAACCUGGCCCGAGCCGAGCACCUGAACCACUACUACAAGACCCACCACUUCAACAACAACAUGAUGGGCCUCGGCAUGGGGCCAGCCUCCGGGGGGGCGGGGGGCGUCCUCAACAACAAUAACAACCCCUCCCCCCUGUCCCCGCCCGCCGCGGCCAUGCCCAUCUCCUGCACCCCCGUUCCCAUGUCCGGAAGCACCGGCUUCGGCCCCAGCUCCAUGUCCCCCCUGCCCCUCCCUCCUCUGGGAAUACACGCGUCUCUCAAGGGCUUCAUGGGCAAGAGUCAGAACCCUCAGAUCGAACCGCUCCUCUUCAAGAGCAGCUCCAAGGAAAACGUCCAAGAGACGCAAAUCUGAGGCAAACGCAGGCGAGCGAGUGUGACCAGCACACUCCUGAGGACCCCCCGCGUUCAGGUUUUUUUGGGGGGAGGGGAGCAUUUAUGGGAAGGGUAUGAGUGUAUAUUCGCCUGAGGGACCAGGCCUUGCCGUGCAGUGACCCUGCAGGGAGGAAAGUGUGGGACUGCUCUGGGAGAGACAUGCACGCUGAUACAGCGGUACACUGGCAUUCUGCUGAGCUCUGGCUUAACGCAGCCACAUUAAGUGGAGUAAGUGGGUCUGUGUUGACUAACUGACAGACAUUUUGUGAUGGAGUAUGUAACUGACAUCAUUACAGCUUGAAACUGUACCAAAGUAUCAGAUGUCAGUAAUACGCACAGACACACGCACAGACACAGACAUACAUGCACACGCGCACACACGUACACGCAGGCACACACUCACACACACACUCACACGCGCACACACACACACGCACACACACACACACACUCUGUGCGAUCAGAAGAACAGCACUUGUGGGGACACUGCAGAGUGCAGCAAGGCAGCAGGACUUUAAAAGGGAAGACCUGUGCCAGGAAUUUGUUCCCUCUGCCCCCCAUUCACUCUGCAAAGACAGCCCCAUGCGGAGGAAAGGACAAUGACAAGGGGAACGAGGUGAAAAAAGAUGACAAACGGACAAUGUGGACAAAAAUAUAUAAAUAUAUUUUCAUUGGAAUAAAUAAAUUAUGGAGAAUCUUUAACGACUCAAAGCCACAAACUUUGAAAAAUAUUUGACCUGCUGUUGUUACAGCUAUUAUGAUUGCUAUAAUUGUUAAACGUUGUCGCUAAUAAUUUUUUGUGUUCUUGAUUUUUUGGGAGACCCUGGAAAGAAAACAAUAGGGUAAGAAAGGUAGACAGGUAUGGUGUCAGUUAACCAGGGAGUGAUUUAGGUCAUUUUAUAAAAAACAUUUCUCAGACAACCAGAGCAGAUGGACGAAGGAAGAAUGUAAUAAUAAUAAUAAUAAUAUUAAUAUUAAUAAUAAUAAUAAUAAUAAUAAUAAUCAUAAUAGACAUCUCAGACUUAAAAAGAGCAUGUAUAAUGCCACCGAAACCAGCAUUAUUGGCACAACAACAAAUUAAGAUAUAAUAUGUGCUCUUUUUAAUUACCUUGGCCAGCACAAAAUGAACAUGCUAUCAUGUAAAUCUGAAGAGACUUGCUGUACCUGUGUAUAUAUUUACUCUAAAGCAAGAUCAAUUGGGUGAUUCAGUCCAGUGAGUUUAAUAUCAAGUCUGGAAGUUUAUUCUUUGUAUUUGAUUCUACCAAUUAAGCCUACAAUUGUUAUUAUGACCAAGAGUCGUGACAAGGUUUGUUUGUAUUAUUAUUAUUAUUAUUAUUAUUAUUAUUAUUAUUAUUAUUAUUAUUAUGUCAGAGUGAUAAAUAAAACGAAAUACUGGAAUUUAGUUUUUCUCAUUAAACUCAGACAGUGAUUUUUUUAAAUAACCUGUUUUAAGUGUCUGUCUUCACAGAAAAAGACAUUAAAAUGCGACAUGCAGCAAAAAAAAUAAUUAAACAAGAUCAACAGCGGCAAUGGAACUGGGCACUGCUAUAAGCGAAAAAACAUAACGACUCGCUACAAAAUGGAAAACAAUGACCCAUCUCUUCAUGAGCGAAAAGCCCCACCAUCUGCAGGUUAAAGCAAAGGGACAUGUCCUCGUCACCAUCCCCUCAGUUUCCAACCAGUCAAGGCCCUGUUUUCUUGUGUGUUUAAAACUAAAUUAAAUUGACGAGGAAUUGCUGUGGAUUACAAUGGAUUAUAACGAAACUUGAACGUCACGUGAUGUCGUGGGCAAACGGAAUGAAUGGACAGAGAAUAAUGCAAACCGAGGACAGCUUUUUCACGUUUUCGAAAAGGUAAGCCAUUCCAUUCUAUGAAAGGGACGAAAGACUGGAUUAAAAUGCCGUUGACUGAGAUUUUUUUAAUGAAAAAGGACAAAUAAAUAUAGUUAUAGAGAUUUUUUUGGAAAAACAAACAAAAAUGCUAUAAUAUUAGUGAGUGUUUUUUUUAUCUAGUUUUAUUUUUCCUUUUUUAAACUGUGUUAUUAUUUUACUUGUAAUAUUGUUAUUGUUAUUAUUAGCUUAUAUUAUGGUUAUUAUUAUGAAAAUUGUUAUGUUAGCAGAGGUUCUUUCAGCAUUAAACACCUGGCACACAAACUGGUACUGGGACUCUGUGAAA